AUGAAUCUUCAACCAGAGCCAGCUUCUUUGUCCCAAGACUGGAAUCUCAAUACUCGUAAACAUAUUUCCCUCGAAAUUCAUGGAACCUACGUCGUGACCUGCCUCAUACUGGACGUUCCACGCGAUAUCAUCAUUACUGCCUCGGAUGAUCAUACAAUCGCAGUAUAUACUUUGUCUACAGGACAGUUAAGGUCUACCCUGGUUGGGCAUGAAGGUGGAAUCUGGUCUCUUUCCUCUAUCUACUAUGAUGGGCAACAUCUUCUCAUUAGUGGAUCUACGGAUAAAACUGUUCGAAUCUGGGAUUUGGUUAGUGGAAAGUGUCUGCAUGUCUUCAGAGGACAUUCGGGCACUGUUCGCUGUUUGGAUGUUGUCUCUCCGGCCAUGGAAGAGUCGAGUGUGAAGGAGAAGGAGCUUUCUGAUAAGCUGCCUCUAAUAGCGACCGGGAGUCGCGACAAGUCUGUCAAAGUAUGGUCCAUUCCCGGAAAGGAUAAAACGAGUUUUAUAGCUGAUGAAGUAUGUGCUGCAACGACCGAACGCGACGCCGAUGCAAGCAGUAAUCCCUACCAUUUGCACAAUCUCACAGGCCAUACAGAACCAAUACACAGUAUCUCUGCCCAUGGUCGCACUGCAGUAUCGGGUUCGUAUGACCAUUCUGUACGUGUUUGGGAUAUUGUUUCUGGGGUAUGCAAGCACGUCUUAAAUGGGCAUAGCGAUAAAGUUUACGUCGUUGUAUACGACCCCACCCGAGAUCAGGUCUACUCCACUGGUCUGGAUGGUACGAUAAAUAUCUAUUCAGCUACAUCAGGCGUCCGUUUACAUACCCUCACCGGCCACAUGUCCCUCGUCGGACUCUUGGAGCUCUCUUCUUCAGAUCCAUCGCCCUAUCUAGUUUCUGGCUGCGCCGAUGCAACACUCAAAGUCUGGGAUCCUAUCACCGGUGCCCUCAUACAUACCCUAGAUGAUCAUCCUAGCCCUAUCACUUCGUUUCAUCACGAUGGAAAGAGGCUUGUGGGUGGAGGCGAUAGUUUACUGCGUAUGUGGGAUAUUCGAACCGGUACAGCUGUCAAGGAUCUUCUGAGGGAUACAUUGAGUCUCUGGAAGGUUGCCUUCGAUGGACAAUGGGCCGUAUGUGCUUAUUCCAAGAAGAGUGGUCAAUCGAUGCUUGAUAUCUGGAACUUUGGAACUAGUGAUUCGAAGUUAUGA